AUCGCCUCAGUCGCCGGGAUCAGCUGGCGAGUGUAAACAUGGCUUCCACCGUCAUCAGGGGACUGUCUUCUCUGGCUAAAAAUGCCUCCAAGUCAGUGUUGCCUCGUGUUGCUGGAGCACGCUUUUGCAGCACUGAGCAGACCCUUCAUCCAACUGUACGUCCUGUGAAUACCGUUGAGAGACAGACCCUGACUGAAUAUGGACAGUAUGUUGCUGAAUGCAUGCCAAAAUAUGUGCAGAAGGUGCAAAUUACAGCAGGCAAUGAGCUGGAGGUCUUGAUUGCUCCUGAGGGUGUGAUUCCUGUACUCACUUUCUUGAAAGAUCACACCAACGGACAGUAUACCUGCCUGACUGACCUGUGUGGGGUUGAUAUGCCCAGCAGAGCUUUCAGAUUUGAGGUGGUGUACAACUUGCUCUCUGUUCGCUUCAACUCUAGAAUCAGAGUGAAGACUUACACUGAUGAGCUGACUCCCGUCGACAGUGCUUGUGAAGUGUAUGCCGGCGCCAACUGGUACGAGCGAGAAGUGUGGGACAUGUACGGAGUGUUCUUCGCCAACCACCCAGAUCUUCGAAGGAUCCUCACCGACUACGGAUUUGAGGGACAUCCCUUCAGGAAGGACUUCCCACUCUCCGGCUACGUUGAGGUCCGCUAUGAUGACGAGGCUAAGCGAGUGGUGGUGGAGCCCCUCGAGUUGGCACAGGAAUUCCGAAAGUUCGACCUCAAUGCCCCCUGGGAGCAGUUCCCCAAAUUCCGAGACCACGUGCCAGCAGAGGACGUGCCCAUCAAGGAGGAGAAGGAAUAAGUAACAUGGGGCCUAGACUGCGUAGAAUUUAAUAGCUGGAAACGAAGAAAGGCUAAGGUGGACAGUGGCUUUUGACUGCAGGGAAGCCAUUUGUGAAACUUGCCUGGUGAUUGCGUAUAUGAAGGAAAGGCUAACAUCUGGUACAGCAAUUACAAUCUGUUCCCCCUUUUGAGUGUCGGCUGAAUUAGGGGAAGAUGUUGUGGAUUUAUUUAAUAUUUUAUGUAAAUACAUCUUAUAAAUAAAUGGUUAAACAUUU